GAGGCCAAUUUCAGGUCCGCCACUAUCCCAGGAUUCCCGACUCCCGGUUUCCUGCCCUUCUCCCCUCCCAGCUCCCGGAGCCUGCGGGAGCGGCAAGAUGGCGGACGGAGACGGAUUGGGUGAAGCAGCUACUGCUACGGCAUCUCCUCCUGCACCUGCUCCCGGCCUGAGCCCGUCGCACGGCUGGAGGGAGCGGCUGCGGGCCGGACUGGCGGGGACUGGGGCCUCGCUGUGGUUCGUGGCGGGGCUGGGACUGCUUUACGCUCUGAGGGUCCCGCUGAGGCUGUGUGAGAAUUUGGCUGCGGUGACAGUAUUUUUAAAUUCAUUGACACCAAAAUUCUAUGUGGCACUUACAGGAACAUCUUCUUUGAUAUCAGGACUAAUAUUUAUAUUUGAAUGGUGGUACUUCCAUAAACAUGGCACGUCUUUUAUUGAACAAGUAUCUGUGAGCCAUUUGCGACCACUGAUGGGAGGAACAGAAAGCAGCAUUUCAGAGCCAGGUUCUUCUUCUAGCAACAGAGAAAGUGAAACCAGCAGACAGAAUUUGUCAGAAUGCAAGGUAUGGAGAAACCCUCUAAAUCUUUUCAGAGGAGCAGAAUAUAGGAGAUACACUUGGGUGACUGGUAAAGAGCCACUUACAUACUAUGACAUGAAUUUGUCAGCUCAGGACCAUCAGACCUUUUUCACCUGUGACACGGACUUUUUACGUCCUUCAGACACAGUUAUGCAGAAGGCAUGGAGGGAAAGAAAUCCUCCAGCUCGAAUCAAAGCAGCCUAUCAAGCUUUAGAAUUAAACAAUGACUGUGCCACUGCAUACGUUUUACUGGCCGAGGAAGAAGCAACAACUAUUGUAGAUGCUGAAAGGUUAUUUAAACAGGCACUCAAGGCAGGAGAAACAAUUUACAGGCGGUCACAGCAGUGCCAGCACCAAAGUCCUCAGCAUGAAGCUCAACUGCGAAGAGAUACCAAUGUACUGGUAUAUAUUAAAAGAAGAUUAGCAAUGUGUGCAAGAAAAUUAGGAAGAAUAAGAGAAGCAGUAAAAAUAAUGAGAGAUUUGAUGAAAGAAUUUCCUCCUCUUACCAUGUUGAACAUCCAUGAGAAUCUCCUAGAAUCACUUCUAGAAUUACAGGCCUAUGCAGAUGUUCAGGCAGUCCUAGCAAAAUAUGAUGAUAUAAGCCUUCCAAAGUCAGCAGCAAUCUGUUACACAGCAGCACUAUUGAAGACAAGGACUGUUUCAGAUAAAUUCUCUCCCGAAACAGCUUCCAGAAGAGGGCUAAGCACAGCAGAAAUUAAUGCUGUGGAAGCAAUUCAUAGAGCUGUGGAAUUUAAUCCUCAUGUUCCAAAAUAUUUACUAGAGAUGAAAAGUCUAAUUUUACCUCCAGAACACAUUCUGAAACGGGGUGAUAGUGAAGCAAUCGCCUAUGCUUUCUUCCAUCUUCAGCACUGGAAGAGAAUAGAAGGUGCUCUUAAUCUCCUACAGUGUACGUGGGAAGGCACUUUUAGAAUGAUUCCAUAUCCAUUAGAAAAAGGCCAUCUAUUUUAUCCUUAUCCCAGCUGCACAGAGACUGCUGAUAGAGAGCUCUUACCUACCUUUCAUCAUGUUUCUGUUUAUCCAAAGAAGGAGCUUCCUUUUUUCAUCCAUUUCACAGCAGGACUGUGUUCUUCUACAGCAAUGAUAGCUCUUCUCACACACCAGUUUCCUGAAAUCAUGGGUGUUUUUGCUAAAGCUGAGGAAUUUAUACAGCCUGGAGAGUGCCACCUCUUCCAGGUAGAGAGGCGCAGCGUUACGGGAUAGCAAUGAGCAUAGGCUCUGGAGCCAGACUGCUUUCCUUUGAGUUCCAGCCCUGACACUGUCUGUGCAACUUCGGGUAAGUUACUUAACCAUUUCUCCCCCUCAUAGGCACUUGUGAGGGUUAGAUGAGUUUAAAAUAUGACAGGUGUUUAGAACCAUGUCUGUCCACAGUAGAAACUAGGGAAGUGUUACUCUUGUCGCCACCCAUCAUUGUCAUCAUUAUCACCAAAGUGCAGCUGUGAUGAGAAAUCCUAACCCCCUCAUGGUUGGGAGGAGCUAUGUUCUGCUAGUAAACUCAAAAUGUAUUUUCCCAUAGAAAUUGCAGUAUAAAUGGUGGUGUCAUUUAAACAGUACUGCUGGUACAUUAUGUGUAUUUGUACCACCAGAAGUGGAGAAAUGUUUCAGGUUGUAGGUCCUGGCAGACUGCCUUGUAGAACAUCAAAUAUUGACAAAUUGCAAACUGCCUAUGUUAGGAUUUUCAAUUAGGUCAGAUAUUUGAUAGCCAAAUAUAAUGGAGAUUAAUCUAUUUAGUCAGGCAAAGCAAUUUAAGAAAAUUGCCUAAAUAUUUUCCAUUGUUAUCAUGGUCUCUUCCUCAUCUGAUAUAUUUUUAUAUUAGCUCAUAUGAUAGACUAAAUUUAAUUUGAAUUUGUGAAAAUACGUUUGUUACAAAAAUUGCUUUUUUGUGAAACAAGGCACUAGGGAUUAAUGGUUUUUUAUAAUCCUCACCGUGCCUCAGAUUGAGAUAAAUGGAAGAGUAAUUAGAAUGGUUAGUGGUUUUAGUGCCCUAUCUUUUGCAUGUACGAAGCUGUGUGGAAUAAGACUUCAGUUUCAGCAAGUUGGGGCUUUCUUUCUUGAUUUUUCUCCUGGCUGAGAUGAAAACCAAGUCUGAUAUUCGACAUAGAGCAAUAAAAAAAAAAAAAAAUUGCAUAAAUCCCUGGAGAUGUGGAAUGUGCUGAUAUCAGAGCUAAUACUCUCCAAGGCCAGAAUUCCUGAAAAAGGAAAAAGUGCUUUUAAGUGGUAGGUCAUUUUCUCACCUGCUUUGAAGCCUGCUGGGUUAAAUAUGAGAGUUCAAAGUAAGGGUAGCCAGCAAACCAAAUGAACUGGAAUCUGAUUCUGCUUAUCUGAAAGGAGCUUCUUUAUUUAAGAGCAGCACUGCCCUCUCCUUAGAGAACCAAUCUUCAUCUAGCCUGGCCCCUUUCAUUUCUCUCCUGCAAGAAAAGCUUUCUUCUUACUAAGUCUUGGGAGGGCGUUAUCACAGCAGUGAAGACUGUAGAUGGUCUUUGGAGGUUUCACUGACUUACUGAUGAAUUCAGGCUUGUAGCAUAUGAUUUUAGUACUUUGAAUUCAGAAGUGUGUUUGCAUAUAAAAACCCCUAGUUGGGUUUUAAUGAAAUAGAAUAGCUAGCCUUUGCAACCUGGCAAAAAAAGGUGUUAGUGGGCAAAGAUAGGGAUCAGAAAAAUUCCCAAAUAAAUAGUUUGUUUCACUAAAGGAAAACUUUGUUGAAAUCUGUUUCACUGAACACAUACUGUAGCUGUGCUGAGGUGGGAAUGGGCCCUGUUUCCACAUAUUUUUACUAAUCUUUAUGUGGGAAAAUGUGGUUGGACAUGCCAGUGAUGAAUUUCUGAGCAACUCAUAAUUGGCUGGCUCCAGUGUAACUAGGGCCUAACAAUCUGCUUGAUUAAUUCUUUAAGGACUACAUUAGCCAAGUUGUAUGAUUUCCAAAGAUAUAGAAGGUCAGAUGUUAUGCUAACAAAAGACCUUUCUACGGAAUGUUCCACUGGGAUUUCUUCAGCCCCUUCCCAAAAAUAAUUAACAUUUUUCUCCCCAAAUUACAUUUAAAAAAAUAAUAAGCAGAAAUAAAUGCCAAGUAUGUUUUACUGAAUAGUGAUCAAAACUUUUGAGGUUUGUACACUAUUCUCAUCAUUUUUUUUUUCAGGGCAAAGACCGUCUUCAUACCUAGGGGAGUUGAUAGAUAAGUAUAACUUUAUAUUGAUAUAUACCAGUGGAAAAAUAUAUUAUUUCUAAAGGUUCCUAAUUUUCCAUUGUUAUAACCAUGACAUGAAACCUGUUCAUAGGAGGAAGUGAUUUUUUAUAUUCUCCAUCUGAUAUCAUUCAUACUAAAAACCUUUGAAAGUUGUAUCCCUCUUUAUUUUUUUUUUAAAGAUUUUUUUUUUUUAAUUUAUUUGACAGACAGAUCACAAGUAGGCAGAGAGGCAGGCAGAGAGCAACAGGAAGAGGAGGCAGGCUCCCUGCUGAGCAGAGAGCCUGAUGCGGGACUCGAUCCCAGGACCCUGAGAUCAUGACCUGAGCCGAAGGCAGAGGCUUUAACCACUGAGCCACCCAGGCACCCCUGUAUCCCUCUUUAUUAAAUACUUAGGGCCACAUUCAGAAAUUCAACCAACAAGUAAAACAAGUUUCUUCACUUUGUUUGAAAAUGGAUUACUUUUCAAACCUGUGAGACUUCUUUAGUUCCUAAGAACUGACAUAGUUCUUAAAACAUUUUGAAUUGCAACCAAGCUUGUAGUCCCACAAAAUAUUUUUCUGUAACCAUACUAUUUCCACAGCAAUAUAUCUGAGGCAUUUCCCAGCGAUCUUACUGAUAACAAAAGGAGCCCAUUGAGUGACAGGUCAAAACAUUUUGUAUGUUUACAUUUUUGUUCUCUUGCUAGUGCCACUGAAUUCAGUCUUUAUUUGGGCAGUCUAGCAUAUUCCUAUUUUGAUUUUCUUAAUUGGGAUAUUUCUAGCAAGAGAAAAGAUGUUCACUACUUCUAUUAGGGGAAUUUCUCAUGCUUCAUUCUGAUUGUUCUUCAAAAAGAACCAGACUGAAUUUUGUGAUAUUGCUGUUACACUUCUUUAUCCAUUUUUUCUGAGUACUAAACUCUUCUUUUCAAAGAGGAGGAAAAAAGAAUAAAAGUCAAGACAAUGUACUUUUUAAUGCAUGUUUAUAUCCCUUCCCCAGGAUUUCCUUCAGUUGUGAAGGAAACAUUAACAUGUGCCUGUCAACUGUGAAGUUCACAAAAGCUUUCCCUGAAUUUAUUUGGCAGUAUAUUUAACCAUCCUUUCCCCCUCAAAGCAACGUCCCAGUGUCAAAGUUGAGGACAUCCUGUCACUAAUUGCUACUGAUAUACUGAUUGCUUAAUCAUUAGCACUUGGGGCAAACGGACUGCCUUGCGGUUUUCAGAAGACUGGUGCUUAGAUAUUGAUGUCGGUUGCUUAUUCCAAACCCAUUAUACAAGUGAUACUAGAAUUCAUACCAGGAAACCUACAGAUUUUUCUUUUAGAAAACAUCUUUGUUUUUGUAGACCCAGCACAGUCCCCUAAAUGGAGAGAAUAAUGGGAUACAGAAUAAAAUUAUAAUCUUGAGGAAUAGUUUUUAUUGGCUUCUUUCUUUAGUUUUUAUUUAUUUAUUUAUUUUUUAAAAUUUAUUUAUUUGACAGAGAGAGAGAUCACAAGUAGGCAGAGAGGCAGGCAGAGAGAGAGGGGGAAGCAGGCUCCCAGCCAAGCAGAGAGCCCGAGGCAGGGCCCAGUCCCAGGAUCCUGAGGUCACAACCAGAGCCGAAGGCAGAGGCCCAACCCACUGAACCACCCAGGCGCCCCUACUGGCUUCUUUCUUGAGUCAAGCUUUGCUCCUUCUCCCACCAAUCAAAUUUCUAAUGCUCAAGAGAACUAAAUUUGUAUGACUACUUAAUAUAUUAUGAUUCUAAACCAGGAGUAAUUUAGAUUUCAGUUAGUUAUUAUCUUUGUUCUUAAGAGUAUAUACUUAGACUCUCAUUUUUUCUUACCUGAGCCAUUGGAGGACAGAUUGUGGUUUUCCAAUGUUUUAAAUGGGGAAGUUUGAGUCAUUCAAGUUAAGUGACUUGCUUGAAAUCACACAAUAGAUAGCCCUUUAGUCAUGAUAUGUAUUUUUGGUUUCAAUAAUAUGUCAGUUCACAACUUAGAGCAGAACAAGUACAAAAGAAUACAUUUUAAACAAAAUAGUAACGCUGAAGGGAUAUAGAAUGAUGGAGUGAUGAUAGUGCAGUGGUUUUGCUAGGGAAGUCUUCCUACAGGAGAUGAAUUUGGAGAAGAGUUUUAAAUGAAAAGGCCGAUACAGAUUUUCAGAAAAUAGAAAAGACAUUUAGGUUGCAGAAAUGCUUCAGCAAAACAAAAACAUCAGUAGACCAACUACCUGGAGAACUCUUCUCUCUUUACAGCAUAAGCCUAUUUGAUGAACUCUGAUGCUUUAAAAUAAAGAAUGCCCAUUUGUUUUUUUGUCUUUCAAAUUGGUUCGCUUUAAUUUCAUUCCUUUUCUUGCUAGUAAGCCUCUAAGAAUGAUGAACACUGGUCAUUCCAUCACAUACUUAGACAACAGUAUAAAAAACUUCAGCCUAUCUAAUUCUCUGAAUGUACAGUAAUACUAAAGAAAUAGUAGGCACUGGUUUGUAAAGAUUCAGAGGGAAUUUAAUCAACUCUCUGAAAUGGUAAAAAAAGAAACUUAAAUUACAAAUGUAUACCCCAUGUUUCAAUAUCAUUCUUCUUUCAAAAUCAGAGGGUAAGUUUGUGAAGGAUUAUCUGGGGAAGUUUAACUGAACAGAAUAAACUUUUGGUCUAAAAUAUAACUUGUGUGUAUUUUCUGGUUAACAUGGGAAUUUUAGGUAGCAGGUGUACUUCUAAUAGUUGUAUUAGUAAGUAGGAAACUUAGGUAUGUUUCUUAAUGUUGAUGAGGCCUCAAUACAAGAUUAGCUAUUUUUAGUAUUCUUUAUGAAUUUGAGAAAAAAAUAAAAUUAUCUGUCUUAUCUCUCUGAUGACAUUAAGAUUGCCUUAUGUCCAUCUCUAACAGCCAGCUUCGAGAAAAUAAAUUACUUGGGUUUCAGAUGCUGCUCGACAAAAUUAAGAGAACUCAUAUUCAGUUAACUGAUAUUCAGACCACAUAAUCACC